UUAUCAAUAGCAAUAGUUCUUAUCAUCCGAAGCUCAUCAUUAAUAGCUCAUGUAAAGCAUCUCGCAUUUCUUCAUCCAGUAGCGUAUUAUUCAAGGUAUUCAGAUGCUAGUUUUCAGAAACUGUAAAUAAAAUGGUUGUUUACCAGAAGUUCGGAGUGAUGGGUCUGUCUGUGAUAUUUUCGAUCCUUCAAAAACUCAAAUUCCAAAUUUUUAGACUUUUUAUACUCUACGAUAACUGUAAAAAUUCUAGCGACUGCACGAAUUCUACUUCUCUUCCAAAUAAGACAGACACCGUGUUUGAGGAAGAAAGUUUAUCAGAGUUCUUAUAUCACAGUUUACUAGUGAACAAUUUCAUAUCUGUGUUACCUUGCAUUUUUUUGUCAGCUUGGAGUGACAAGCAUGGAAGAAAACUUUUACUCACCCUUCCUUGCAUUGGAUCUUUUAUUACUGACAUAGUUUUAACCAUCUCAAUAUUUGUUCCACUUGUAUCAAGAAGUGUAUUAUUAUUGGCAGAAGCUAUUUACGGAAUAUUUGGUGGAACUGUUUUAGUAAGUAUAGGAUGUAUGUGCUAUAUUACUGACGCAACAGACCACCGCCUGCGGACUUGGUUUAUAGGAUUAUAUUUGGGACUUCUGAAUACAGUACCUGCGCUAGAUUGGAUCAUUAAGUAUUAUUGCACACCUUUAGAAAUUGGACUCCCUUUUCAAACUCUUGUGCUUUCUGCUAUUUCGAUACGUAUUUUCUUUUCAGUUUGUUUUAUAAUCUACAUAAAAAAGUGCGUAUCUGAAUCAGUUUUCAUCUUAGGAAGUUUUGAGGGCAAUCCAUGGAUGAAUCUUUUAACGCCAAUCAAUGUUUCCGAUACUGUUAGCUGUGUAUUUAGGAGAAGGUUAGAUAAUGUGCGGUCUUUCAUAAUUGUAGCAAUUGUAAUCUUCGUCUUCUACAACACUUCGCUGAAUGGUAAUCUCAGUAUACUUCCGAGGUACUUUAGAAACGAAUAUGAGUGGUCAUACAAAGAUUUGCUGGUCUUUUCAGUUAUUUUUUCUUCUUCCCAGACCAUUUUGUUGUGGGUAUCAACAUUUUUUGCCCUUAAUUUUCGUACUUUCGAUGUCGAACUUGGUACAUAUGGAAGCAUAUCGCUAGCAGUUUCAUGUCUUAUUUUAUCUCUAGCGAAAUCCUAUUGGAUAGCUCUUUUAGGUGCUGCAACUGGAAUUGUAUCGUUACUUAUUCCUACAUCUGUCCUAUCGAUAUUAUCUAAAUUAAUUGAAAGCACAGAAAUAGGAUGUAUAUAUGCUGGAGUAGGUUUCUGGAUGCUUGUUACUCAGUUGAUCUCUAUGUCAGCGUAUGAAGCACUGGAAAAGUUGUGCAUUGAAGCAGGAGCCCCGGAACUGGUUUUUCUGCUUUCCUUCGGCCUAAUAACUUUUGGUUUGUUAUUUUUCAUCUAUCUGCGGAAAGUAAUUGCACCUGAAUUGUUGGGACAGCUCGACAGCAGUGAAUGCCUUGCCCUUAUCAACCGGAAAGGACAAAUAAAACAACUUUAUACUUAGGGCUUCUUCCAGUUGUUAUUGAAAUUUUAAGAGCUUUCUGCUUCUGCUGAGAAUGUAUAAUGAACUUUUACAUUAUUGUGUUAAAAAGAAACUGAAGAAGACAUUAUUUAUUAAUAUUAAAGUAGGGGAAAAUGAUUUGUCAAUACUCUUUGCUGCAGCUCAUUAUUUUUCUACAGUAGACAACAUGAUGUUCUACAAUACCGAAUUAUAUGUAAUUAAAAAUUAUUGUUCUAAACGACAAAUUGAAAUUUCCAUAAAACUUUUUCCAUUCAGUAUUUUAACUCUCGUAUGUAACAUAUUACCCCCCCCCCCAAGAUCACCAAAAACGUUCUUGCUGUUUUUGGCAUCCCAUUUGAUGAAGCGUUCCCGGGGAGGAAACGAAGGGAUUCAUGCCCUCGGAAAGCGAUGGUGGAUUAAUAUACCUAAUUGAGUAAUUGAGCAGUAUUCAUAUAGGCAUAUUGCAUGCACACAGUUCGUUCAGUGUUGAAGAGAAAUAGAGGUACCGAAGCGGCUAUUUCACGGUUGUUUACUUUAUGAUAUUAAAUGGUCCUGUCAGCAGCCUCAUCAAAGCCGUCGAAUAUGUCAGAUAUUUGGGAAGGAUGCCAUGAAUUAGCGUAUCGCCGAGCUUUUGUUCCAGGAGUUCAAGUCAGGAAAGCUAAGCCAUUGUGAUGAAUUCUGUAAGUAACUACCUCAAAUGUUGGAUGAUGAUGCAACCAUAGAACAUAACUAAAGGCAACCAUACAGCAGGACAGUAGUCAAACGUGUAGUAAACUUGCUGAACACUUCCCGGUUUCUGAGGAAGCAGUCAGAAUUCAUCUGCAAUGCACAGGGAAGGUGUAGAAGUUGAGCAAGUGAGUGUCCCACACACUGUCAAGUAGUCAACAAGGAGCCUUGGGUGAUCUCCUGUUUGCCAUUGCUGUCUCGUAGUCGUAACACACCCAUGUUUAGUCAAAUGCUCAUCAGUGACGAAACGUGGGUCCAGUACGACACUCCUCAGCGCAUCAGACAUCGUUUGUUACCACGUGAUCCUAUGCCUCCCACAUCAAGACUGCCUCUGCACCUACACAAGAUAAUACUCUGUAUUUGGGUAGAUUAAUCUCCAGGUGGAGCAUUACAAGCUACUUCCGCCAUCACUGAGGACUUCUUCUUGCGGCAAGAACGGUACCAACAAUGCAUUACAGCAGAAAGAGCCAGCAAUGAUUAAUCACAAGGUUAAUCCUGUACUUUUAUGACAACACGAGACCACACGGGGCAAGGACCACUAGACCGACUUGGCUGAAAGAUAGCUUGAUCGCCAGACCUAGAACCCACAAAUUACCACCUGUUUCAUUCCCUGAACAUCGCCUUCUACAAGAAGUCCUUCGACAAUGAGGCAGAUAUGCAGCAUGCACUCACGGUCUUCUUUGCAUCCAAAACCUCAGUUUUGGUCAGGACAUAUCACAGCUGUAGAAAUGUUGAUGAAGAAUGCUAGAUGUUGAUGGAGAGAUUACUUCGAGACCUAACGCUAAAUACAAAGCUAAGUAUGUCUAUUAAUUUCUGACGAUCACGACUGGCAAGAACGUUUUCGAUUACUUUGCAUAUUUCUAUUCUCAUUUUAGAAUGGAUAGUUCAAGGCCUUUCUGCGUGUGCCUCGUACCCGUUGUGGAAGAUGGUCAGAUCCUCUAAUUUGUUAAAGUACCCUAAACCCUCUGUGAAGUGAUGACGACGCACGUUAUGAUCGUAAAUGAAGGGAAUAUCGUUAUGACGUUGAAGUGUCUAUUUUAAUGUAACAAACUAUAAUAUAGUUUAAAUACAUUUGCCUGAAAAUAUUCCGUUUGUAUUAUGAAAUCGUAUAGUUGAAAUUAGAUGCAUAAUGUCAGUGGACUGGAGUAUCUAGUCUAGUCUGCUAUUAUUUUAAGUAGAAAUAUUUUCAAGUAAAUUUUUACUUGACAUUCAUAGGGAUUAAACGAAAUAUCAUUUUAGUUUUUAUGAAAACAUACACCGUUCGAGUAUAGUCGUAUUUUGGCGAAUCUAAUGCAUUAGGGUUGCGUCGGCUUUAUGCGAGUGAAGAAUUCCUAGAGAUACUACUAACAAUCAAGAAAAUUUAGUGGUCUCAUUCUUAUAACUGAAAUUAACUUAAUUUAUAAUGCCGUGUUUUAAUUCAUGGUCAUGAAUAUGUUCUUGUGAUACAUGGAAAAAAAUAAGUAAAAUAUUACUAUGCAAUAAUUUUUAGUUUACAUUAUUGAAUGAAAAGCAUUAAAAAGAACGCAUGACCACAUAAGAGAACAUUACAGUUGAAACUUGAGGCUUAAUUUACUUAUUGUAUAGCUUUAGUUCCUCCUCGCUCAAACGCAAAAUUAAAAUUAUCUGACUUCGAAUGUUUAAUUCUGUCGAAAACAUAGGCACUUCUGGUAAACAUACUUUUAUUCUUUAAAACCAAAGUAGAAUCCUGAAGUGACAUAACAAAAGACUAAUACUAUCUUAAGCUCUGGUUUCUUUUUAGUUCACUCUUAAACACCUCGCAUACUUGCAAUAGUAUCUUCGACCUCUGAAAUGGAUACCACUUGACCACUCGUGGGUGGGGUAUCGGCUUCUACACAGCACUCUAUCUCUGAACAGCGGAUUACCUGCUUACUGCCUUUCAUUCUCCAUAGAGUUAAGCUGGAAAUACAACUUUUUGUAACCAGUACCAGUGGCAGUCUCCACUGCUUAAAGAGAAUCCGUAGUAUGCAAAAAUCUUUCGGCCGUAUUUGACAUCAGUGAGCUUUGCGAAAAUAACAGGGCUUAAUUUCUAAAAUUAAAGGUACCGGAGCCCUGCGGAAGCCGUCAAGAAAAGUAAAUAAAUGUGACUAUAGCGAUAAAUAAUUAAUAAUUAAUAUUAAAUUGAACUUUAAACGAUAAAAAAGUGUAGUUUUCAAAUGUGCGCCAAAUCUGGUAGCCUGUUCAUACUGAUAUGAAUACCUGCGAGUUAAAGCAGAAAUUCAACAUCAUUGAUACUGAUGAGGAAUGCCUUAUGCAAAAUGGUAAAAUAAACAUCAGCAAGGAACUGGCCGCCCUCAUCUAGAUUUCUGCUUCAUCGAAAUAGUGUGAGAGCGAAUGCAUGAAAAGAAAAAAAUGUUUCCAGCAAUGUUAAAUAAAAUUGGCAGUUUUAUGCCUCCUGUGUAAUAUGAAAUCAAUCUGAUAAAAUCUAUUUUAUUUA